CGGCCGGCGGGAACAGGUGCGGUGGCGCAGUAAUGACCGGCGAGACCUAUCACGUUGGAGACGCAAUGUUUUCGAAUUGCUGGAGAUUCGGACGCCGAACUGGGCGGGGGGAUCUCUCCCAGUAGGAUUCGCCGGUGCAACAAUAUAUCAGAUUUUAUUUUUAAAAAAUGAAUAUUUUGAGUCUUUUGGCUGGGGAUGGAGAUACGAAUCGGAGGCUCCCUUAUCCUCUUCCUCAAAGCCGUGAUACGAAAGAAGUCCUGGCGAAAAGCGACCUAGUUGGACGAGAACUCUCAUUUAACCCUUUCUAUUUAGUGAGUAGCGUUUGGUGAUAGAAAGUGUUGAGAGCUCCGAUGGAUUUUCCCCAACUCAGGCUCCCCUCUUCCCCUAGGUACUCUAAAUCCCCCUGUGACUGUUUUUCAUUUCCUUGAUAGAGAGGAACAGACCCUCAGCGCCGCCACUGCUCCGUGUGAGUUGUUGGAAUUAAAGUGGCGGCCACGAAUGAUUACGAAUAAUAACAUUGCACCCCCCUCCUCAUUGUAGAUCAAUAUGGCGACACAUGUGAGUGAGGAUCAAGUGGUGCAAUUCUCCCUUGAUUAAGUUCAGUCUGUUCAAGUUCGUAGAUCCCAUAUAUUGCUUGGCCGCAUCUUCACCACGGCGAGGAUCACGACUACCGAAAUUCGGGAUUUGGUGAACUCCCCAUGGAAAUGCAAGGGGAGGGUCAAAGUGUUGCAAGCCAUGAUCAUGGAUGCCGUCGGUAACGAGGCAAAGGUAUGAGGAGCUUGCGGUGGCCCCAUUCCAGGUGCAACUUUGGGAUGUGAAGGAUGAUUGUUGCACUUCAAAGUUUGGUAUGAAGGUGGUUGGUCCCACGAUCGGACAAGUGCUAGAAGUAGGUAUAUAUUCUUGCCCUGACACUGGGAGAUAGUUCAUCAAGGUGAAAGCGUUGAUCGAUUUCUCUCGGCCCCUGCGAUCGCAACUAAUGGCUGCUAGUGAGGAGACGGGGUGCUUCUGGGUCCGACUGAAGUACGAGCACCUCCCAUCCUUUUGAUUCCUUUGCGGACGGGUGGGACAUUUCCAGAGAGAGUGUGUUUUCGAUCCCCCAACUCGCAAAGAGCGAUUUGGCCCGCAUAUGAUGACCAAGAAGCUGGGGACAAGGGUCUAUGAUGAGGAUGAUAUCACUAUCCCAUUCCAGGGGAAGUCUAAAACUGUUUGGGUAAACAAUGCCAUCAAGGGCCCUCGUAACCAACUCAUACCGGCUCGUAAUGUUGCGGAGCCGAGACUGGAGGCUAUGGAUGUGGAUGACGCGGAUCACCAUGGCCUGUCUCUUGGGCAGGGGGUUGAGGAACGGAUUGAGCCCGAACCCAUGGCAAGAGAGAAUCAGGCGCAAUCACGAAGAAGCCAUAGGGGAUUUCCAUCCCUCGAUCUCCCAAAAUGAACCUGGGACCUAGCAUGCAUCGCCGAGCUAAAGGGAAAGAAAAGCAGGGCUCUGGCCGUAUUCCCCUUGACCCAAAGACCGCUCGAAAACCAGGACUGUUGGGUAAAGAGGUGGGUCGCCACGAGGCGGAUGAUCGCAAACCAGAUGGGCCUGUCUCUCGGGGGAAGGUUUCGUCUAACCCCUCCAUUCCUGUAGUCGGUCUCACUCAUGCUGUCUUGGUGGAAACUCGGAGAAGGAGAUUGCUGCUGGAGGAGGAAUCCGAAGAUGAGCUGUCGCCGCUGUUUGCCUCCCUUCGUGGUGAGGGACGGUCAGUGGAGCAAGAACCAGUGGACGUGAAGCGGGAGAGCAAGGCUUCCCGCAUAUUGAGGAUGGAAUGCAAGCUACCCGGCCAGCCUAGCCCAAAAUGUCUUGCCAAAAAUGCGCCACGCCGGAUGCCGAGAGAGGCGGCUGUCUCCAACAGGGAAAGCUGAAGAAAACGGUUCCAUAAAUGCUCCUCGCGAGACCUCAAUGGCAGUGAUUAUUGAGGAUGAGAUUUGGGUGGAUGUUCCUGUCCUAGAACAGAUGGAGAGUGCUCCGUCCCCAUUUAAUACCUACCUGGAGUCGGUACCAGAUGGGACUGUGAUGACUGAGUCAAUUGAGACUAGUCCGAAAGGCGAUGUACAUCAUUUUGAACUGCGAAGUAGAAAACCGGUUAAUGAAAGACCGCUCAAUGGUCAUGUUCAACAGGUGGUGCGUGCAUUUGAGGUGGGAUGGAUUUUCAUAACUCUCACUCCUCUCCUCCGAUGAAUGUCGCGCCUAACCCGAUUAUUUGCGGGCUCAUGGUGGAGACAUCCUCUGCGUUGACUGGGGAGCUUGGAGAUCUGAAUGAAUAUGGAUCCAAUGAUGCGGUCCUGCAAAACAGAGAUAGGAAACCGGCAUUUCAGGCGGUGGAUGGGGAUGACUGCAAGCCCCCUACACUGAAGAAACAGUUUGUGGAAGAAAAGGACGCUACUAAUACGGUGGAGGAAACCAGCCUAAAAUGGUCCCAACCAGAUAUAUGAGGCUUAUGGCCUGGAAUGUGAGAGGAAUUGGGCCAUCCCUCACAUUUCAAACUGCUUUGGGUUUACUUCGUUCGAAUAAACCGGAACUUGUUUUCUUUUCUGAAACAAGAGCUCGCUGGAGAUUAGUUUCCCACCAUUGAUGCAUCUGGUGGUCUUGUUGUUGCUUGGUCCCUCGACAUUGACGCUUCGGUGUUUUAUCAUUCAGAUUUUUGUAUCGGUAUUCAAAUUAAUAAAGUGGAUUUUUCUUAUGUUGUUUUUUUGUUUACAUUAGUUGUAACCUGUCUACCAGAGCCACGCAAUUGGCUCAUCUUCGUGAAAUUUGUGCCGAUAUUCAUCUCCCUUACGUGGUUAUUAGUGACUUCAAUACCACCCUGCAUGCACAUGAGAAAGAUGGGGGAAAUGUUUGGAAUAGUGCACAAUCGAUUAAUCCCCGUGAGUUUAUCAUCGACCUUGGGCUUCAUGAUCCUGGCUAUCAAGGGGAUACUUUCACCUGGACGAACAAACAUUUUGGUAAUGCAUGCAUUCGCGAACGACUUGAUCGGGCCUUCUGUUCUCAACGUGGGUGGAGCAAUUCCUCGAUACUCUUGUCAAACAUUUUACAGACCUUGGUUUGGAUCAUAGGGCGUUGCUCCUAGUUGACCGGCCCUAUGAUCGAUAUUUUUGCCAGUUAUUCAGAUUUGAUGCUCGAUGGGCUGACAACCCUGAAGUCAAAGCGAUGGUCAGUUAUGUGUGGUAGGAGUCAAGCUCAAGUACCCCGAUGUACCAGCUCUGGGAGAAACUGAAAAAAUUGAGACAUCUUCUCUAUGACUGGAGUAGGGCCGGGACUACCAACUCGCUUCGUAAUAUCAAGACCCUCCAGGUAGAAAUUGAGCUCCUCAAAUCCAAUCAUCCGAUAAAUUGGGAGGCGGUGAAAGUCCUCGAGGUGGGACUGAAUCGCCAAUGGGAGGCAGAAGAAUUAUACUGGCAGCAGAUGUCCAGGGUGCAUUGGCUCAAAAAAGGAAUUUUGUGGCUGGCCUGCAUAAUGACAAUGGUGACUGGGUUACUGAUGAGAAGUGGAAAGCUGACACUGCCUGUCACUUUUAUCAGCAUUUAUUCACUUUAGAAAAUCAAGUGGUGAAUAUGUUCGAUAGGGUGGCGGGUCUUCCUAUUGAUCAAAGCGUAACCCAAGAGAUGAAUAAUAUGCUAACGGCAGAGGUUAUGCCUAGGAGGUUCGAAAUAUAGUGUUCGCCAUGGG